AUGCCACCUGGGUUAAACGGAAAGCAACUGCAGCCAUCAUGUCAUCAGUUCCGCGGUUCGCCUGAGCUUGACGAUCUUUUUGGCCUCCCCUUCGGAACCUCUUCAUCUACUAUGUUUCAUCAUGAGCCGGCAGUGCUGAUAUGUCAGGAGAGUAUCUGGCGGUCUAGGAGCUCUGAGACUCGAUUUAGAUCAUCCUCGAGUAUCCUCCAACUGGCGUGCUAUACCGCUCUCUGCCAACGCACGACGCUUACGGCUUCCUCUACGAGAAGAUGGGGGCCACACUGCAAAUUUGCAACUUUGCAUCAUAUUUGUGAGUUUCUAAGAAUACCAGUAAAUCCAGUCGUGCCAUCAAAACUCCCUUUCACCGGAAUGAUCGUGUUCAUGCCCUCCAAGACGCACAUGCAGGGCUUCAUCCACGAUUCGAUGGUACCACUUGUUCCUAUCUCGAAGCUCCUAAACCAUUUAGUCAAGCCACUGGGCUUGGCUGCUUCAAUCGCGCCUAUAUCCUUGGGACUUGAUUUUGCAAAGAGGCAAAGGUGCGCAAUCUCAAGGCAGCUUCACAGGGGUUGCUUGAUGCAUCUCCUUGCGGAAUGGCAAUAG